AUGGCUUCAGCACAGCCCAUUGCAGGCGCUCAAUAUCACUGGACCAACGCCCUCAUGGAUAGCUGCCUCGCCUCAGUUAUCAACAUCAACGCCAACCAGAUUCAGAGUCUGGCUUCGCUGAAUUUCCCGGAAUACGUUCCCACUCAGUGGCAGACCACGCUCCUGAUGAUCGCAACGCUUACCGCUUCUUGUGCGUUUAUCUUUGGCAGCAUUGCGGUCAACGGGAUAUUCGCCUAUACCUUUAUCACUGUGCUCUUGUACUGCGUCGGCGAUAUUGGUGCUGUUCGAGAUUCCCCAUACCCUAUAUUGCAAAUAUAUGCUCAGGUGACUGGAUCGAGGGCGGCAGCCACAGCGAUUGUCACGACCUCUUUGAUGAUUAGUGUCUCGGUCAGCCUUGGUAACAUCUCCAGUGCCGGUCGAUUGACUUGGGCUUGGGCCCGAGAUGGAGGCCUUCCCGCCUGGCUUGCCCAUAUCGAUUCGAAAUACCGCAUCCCCAUUCGAGCGCUUUGGGUGCCUAUUGUCAUAACCAUGCUACUAUCGUUGAUCAAUAUUGUGAAUUAUGCGGCCUUCCAGGUGUUCUUGUCUCUAGCUUCAUUGGCCCUUACUGCGAGCUACAUCUUGCCCAUUGCUUGUAUGCUGAGAGCUAGACUACGCCACGAGGUGAUUUUUGGCGACUGGAAAUUGGGAAGACUUGACGUACCGAUCAAUACCUUUGCUCUGAUCUAUUCGGCAUGGAUGUGCAUUUUCUUCUGCUUCCCGACUUAUCUCCCCAUUACUGGUGACGGCUUCAAUUAUGCAUUGCCCAUCUUCGCAUUCGUAGUUGUGUUUGCGUUGUUUUCGUGGCUAGUAUGGGCGAGAAAACAGUGGCCUGGCUUGAACGAAGAAGUCGUCGAAGCUGUCAUAGCGGACUCGAAUCGCAAGACUCGGGAGUGA